CCUUGUCUAUCUCCGACUUUACACCUCUUGUCUGAGACUCUGAGUGUUAUUACUGGUCCGGAGUCGGUUCUGAAGCACGGCCGGGGAAAUCUAAAACAAACACUGAAUAUCCCCCAUGUGGUGAUUCCCGUUGUCAAUCCCCAUGGGACCUCCUCGAACAACAACCCUCCUCUUCCCGGAAUAGGCCGUCGGCUCUUUGAUCAUCCGGGCCUCUAUGGCCUCUGUUCCUGCAGCAUCGGUCUUCUCUUUGCCACUCACGCCAUGGCAACAACCCUCUAGUGUGCGCGUGGCUCAGUAUGAACCUAGGAAACGCAAGAAGGAUCUUGGUGACUGGGGUGACGACGAUAACGAUGUCGACGGAGACACAACCGAUGCUGCAUCGGAGGCAGCUCUUCCAGGUCCGUCACUCACUUUGUCCCCGGAUGAAGCUCAUCAAUAUCGCAUUGCUGGCCUUUCCUUCGACCAAGAAUUACCAGGGGGAAAUUUCCCGCAUGCCCCGGUUCUGAAAGAAUUGACCUCCCUAUCAUCUCCAAUCUAUCCUCCCCAGUCUGCGGCUCAUCAGGGAAACCUUCGUCUACAGCAUCUGGCCGUGCUGUCUUCCAUUCUCCACCGUUGUCUCCUUCAGAAAGACUUCAUCCGAGCAGGAAGAGCGUGGGGGUUGAUUCUCCGCGAAGAGGUUGGGGGUACUCCAGUUGACGUUCGCGCUGAAGGAAGAUGGGGAAUCGGGGCGGAAAUUUUGCUCCGACGUGGCCGUCAAAUCUCGGACAUGACAUCUGACAAUAUGCAGGAGCGUGAUGCAGGACAGUCUGCAGCACCGUCUUCUACAUUACUUUUCACGAUGGAAGGAUUUGAAAAUGCCAAACAGUACUAUGAAAGGCUCAUUAUUCAGCACCCGUAUCGAAAAGCUGCUCCCGAUGCCAUUAGUUCUUUACAUUUCUACCCUGCCAUGUUUGGACUCUGGAUAUACGUCACGCAAGAGGAAAGCAAUGUUUCUCGGCAAAGGAUCUGGGAUACUCAUGGUGCUAUUCCUGACGACAACUCGGAGGAUGAAGAUACUGCGGCCGAGCUGCAAGGUCGCGCUAGCUCCAGGCAGAAAACAAAUGCGAUGAUUGCCGGUGUUAGGAAGAGCGAGCUGGACCAAGCACAAAAGAUCGCUGCCAGGAUGGAUGAGAUUCUCGGGUCCCCUCCAUAUUCUGAUUCUCCGGAGUUGCUGGAGAUUCGAGGAAUGGUGUCACUCUGGAUAGCUGAUCUUUUUGUCUCUUCAUUACCUUAUAAGCAGGAGGAUGGAUAUAUGAGUGAUUCCGAUUUUGAUGACGGCAGCUCGGAAUCCGCAGACGAUCUUCAAGAUUCACUCCAGGAACGGCGGGAACGCCGGCUUGCGAUCGAGAGGAAAGAGUCCGAGGUGCAGAAAUCUCAGGAUUAUUUUGCGAAAGCCAAACAGCGUGGCAAGGGGGUUACCUCUACUUUGGGAGACUUGCAUAUUGAUGAUGAUGCUUCAUUUGGCGAGGGGAUAUACAUAUCUUUGGGCGAUUAUGUGCAUGCAAAAGAGGCUGGCCACCCUCGACCACGCACAAAUGAUGUCUCAACCCAGUCCCGGCAAGCUCUAGCUGCACAAGCAAGGGUUGAAGUCCCUCCGAUAAAUCUGGUGGCGCCGGUGCCCCUGCCAGUCAACAAAUCAAUCCCUUUGGAGCAUUAUGGAGCAGCGUCUUUUCCCGAGCAGAUGCCUCAGGCGCCCGCGGAAAAUGCCGUGCAUAGAGACAUGUUCGACACCGACGUGGAAGGCAUCGAGGAUUCCACCAUUGCGGCGACAAGUGUCAUCGGAGCAGAGGAUGUCCCAGUCCAAUACCAAUUACGACCCGCCACGAUUCCCCAGUAUCAAGCAGCGCCGGUGGAGGAGAGGCCGCUGCACCCGUCUCGACUGCCACGCCGUGCAUACGAUGGCAAGUGGUACGAGAAUCUCGGGGACAAAGCUAUGAAAUCGGCCGGAUUUGAUUCAGAAGACGCCGAUGACGCAAGCCAACUGACCUCUAUGGCUGGAGAUGAUGAACGAUCUGAUACGACCGAGGACGGAAACUAUGCCAGCAGAUACAGAUCAUCGACCGAGGAGCCUCUAAGCAAGCGCCUGCAGAACUUCUGGACUGCUAGCAGAAGAUCCUAUCAGAAUCCUGAACCCAUCGCAUACCCAGAGCCAUCGAAAGGUCCUCCUCCCAAUCAAUCAACAUCCGAUGUCCUAAUGACUAGUCAAGUUCUACCCAACAGAAAAGUCACACUCCAACGCAGCAUGACCGCAACUCCACGGACGCGCUUCAGCCCACCCAAGCCGUCUCUCCUCGAGCAGUUGGACCUAACCCCUACGCGGCGAGCCUCUGGGCCUCGCCCACAACCCGGCAAGGAGACCGGGAUCACCAGCACCACCAACCAUCGCGAGAGCGAAGACGAUAGCCACUUAUUCGGGAACGGACAUGGACGACGCGACAGUCUACCACCACUAAGCGCCUUCGACAUGACCAACAUCGACGAUCUGGACGACGAUGAUGACCCAAUCAACGACCCAUUCGCGCGACGCGGCUCCGUCCAACGCAUCAUCCCCUCCCCCAAACCCCAAUCCAAGAAAAGACGAGCCAUCGAAUCAGACUAUCCCACAGACGUACUACGCCAGAAAUCAUUCAAUGACCUCCAAUCAGAACCCUUCGAUCAGACACCAGCCGCAGCACCCGCCGAAACCAAGACCACUACUGUCUCCAACUCCACCCCAGGACCCAAAGCCACGCCAGAAGACAAAAUGUCUUUUCUUCUCAACUCAACCGACCAAGGCCUCCGGGACUUCUUCUCUACCCUCUCAAUCGACACUUGGGAAGACUAUGGUGACCUCUUAAUCGACCAAUUCAGCGACGCCCUCUCCAAAAUGAAAGAUCUGCGCCACGCUCGGCGGAAAACCGCCACGAUGUUCGAGGCCGAGAUCCGCCGCAGAAAUGAAGUCGUUGAGGAACAAUCCGCUGAUCUGUCGCGGAAAUUCGAAGAGAUGCGAAGCGGAGGUACGGAGGUUCUCCGUGGCCGUACUCCUUGA